UUCAACGCGCCGUCGUUCGGGGCGUGUGCGUGUGGCUGUUUAACGCGAUUAUGUCGACGAUCAGGUAAUAUGGCCCCUCUAGCCUAGCGGUUUACCGCAAAAUGUCGCCAAAUAUGUGUUUGCGUGGAAGGGACGGUGUCUUCGGCGCUGGAGCAGACCUCGUUGGAAAGGCAGCCACCGUCUCUGCCGCCGCCGAGCUCGACCCUACUCUUCUUCGUGCGCGCUGAGCAGCCCCUUUAGUUUGUAGAUACGUCGCGCCCGACGAGCCGACGUGAGUCCGCGGACGCGCCGCCGGACGCGCGGCUUCUCCCUCCCUGCGGGGUGUUGGCGAGGGCUGCAGCCGUUUGACUCGACGACCGGUGUGACUCUCCCCGUCGUUUAUUUUGACCCCUUUUCCCCCCCCUUUUGCGGACCUGUACAGGCUCGCCGAGGUGAAGUGAGGCAUGGCUGAGGUUAUCCCGGGCGGCGCCAGUUCGCCGUCGCCCGCCGCUCACCCGCCUCGGGAGGACGUCGCCGACGCGCCGCCGGGGGUCUCCGCGGGCGGCGAGGACUACCUGUUCGCCGAGGCGCGGCACCCCAACACGGUGUUGCAGGGCCUUAACAGCCUGCGGCUCAACAACGCCUUCUGUGACGUCACCCUCUGCUGCGGGGGACAGGAGUUCCCGUGCCACCGUAUUGUAUUGGCGUCCUUCAGCUCCUACUUCCAGGCAAUGUUCUCCACCGACCUGAUAGAGUCCAGACAGGAACGGGUCGCCAUCAACGGAGUGGAGCCUCAGAUGGUUGGCAUGCUGGUGAGCUACGCGUACACGUCAGAGGUCUUCAUCUCGAAAGCGAAUGUCCAGGCCCUGCUGGCAGCAGCUAACCUGCUUGAUGUCAUGGCGGUCCGAGAGGCCUGUUGUCAGUUCAUGGAGCGUCAAAUGGACGAAAUGAAUUGUGUGGGGAUACACUGCUUUGCUGAGGCUCACUCCUGUAAGGUCCUGGAAAGGCGCAGCAUGGACUACAUUCUUGAGCACUUCAACAGUGUCUACCAGCAGGAGGAGUUUCUGUCUUUGUGUACGCACAAGCUGACUGAGAUUAUUGCCAGUGACCAUCUUAAUGUGCCCAAAGAGGAGAUGGUGUUUGAGGCCGCCAUGUUAUGGCUAAACAAAUGUGAUUCCCGCAAACAGAGCUUUGAAAAGGUCUUGGAGCAUAUACGCCUGCCUCUUGUAAGCCCCUACUACCUCCAUGAUGUGAUUGAAUCUCUGGAUGUUGUGAGGGAGAAUCCAGGCUGCCAAAGGCUCAUUUCUGAGGCGAAAGACUACCUCCUGCUUAAGGACCGCCGUGGGGAGCUCUACUGCCAUAGGGCACGGCCACGCAGGUCCACUGGGACAGCCGAAGUAAUCGUGACAGUGGGAGGAGAGGAUGACAAGGUGGUGCUUCGCAGCGUCGAGAGCUUCGACCCAGUGACUAAUCAGUGGAAGAAUCUGGCCUGCCUGCCUUUCGCUGUUAGCAAACAUGGCCUUGUCGUGUCAGGCUCUACUCUGUAUUUGGCAGGAGGGGAAUUUCCUGAUGGUUCAGCUAGCCGGGAGAUGUGGCGAUAUGACCCCUGCUUUGACUCAUGGAUAGAGAUGGCGCCCAUGAAUGUAGCUCGCUCUGAAUUGGGCCUGGUGAUGCUUGAUGGCUAUGUGUUUGCAGUGGGUGGAUGGGAGGGUCGCUCUCGCCUGGACUCGGUGGAGUGCUAUGACCCCCACACGAACACCUGGCAGUUCAUGGAGUCUGUCAAGAUGGCAGUCACCAGCCCUGCCGUGGUGGCCCUUGAUGGACUCCUCUAUGUUACCGGUGGUGCCGUUUUAGAAGAUGGUGAUGGCACAGAUCUGGCCCAAGUGUACAACCCUAAAACUAGUGUGUGGACAGAGGUGGCUCCUAUGCAGAUCGCCCGCUCUGGUUCAGCGGCCUGUACUCUGAAAGGAAAGAUUUACGUUAUAGGUGGCUGGCAUGCAUCAACGGAGAACACUGACAAGGUGGAGUGUUACAACCCAAAGACCAACCAGUGGACAAUGUGUGCUCCCAUGAAGGAACGCCGAUACCGGCCAGGUGUAGCUGUGGUAGAUGGGAAGAUCUAUGUGCUGGGAGGGGAGGAGGGCUGGGACAGGUACCAUGAUACCAUUGAGCGGUACUGCGACGAGACUGAUCUGUGGGAGCUCGUCGGGGAGAUGCCCACUAGCCGCAGCUGGCUUAGCUGCGUCUCCCUCCAGCUGAGGAAGGACGCCCAUAUGGGCAGCUGCCACGGCCCGCCCGCCAACACGAUUAUCUUAAACUGAGGGAAGGACGGACGGAAAGCUCUCGGGUGCCAUUUUUUCCGAAAAGGCAUCCCGACCAACCUUCCGAGGCUCCUUUUGCUGUCUUACGGGACGGCAGUUGAGAGAUCAGCGCUUCCGGGACAAAGAACCGGACAGCGGACGGCUGAGCAGGGGUGCCAUCUCGUGCCUGGAUCUGGUGAAUCACUAUUUUCGAGGGCUCCGAAAUACAAUCUCGCUGUUACCAUAGGCACAUUUUUAUCUGUUGGCAGCUUGUCAGGUGUGUUUACAUGGGUAACGUAUCGCUGUGGGGGGACGGGGGCGGUUGAAACUGUUGUCGACCCACGUGAAUCCAUGGUUACUGUGAUUUAUCAAUGACUCGUCCACCAGUGAACUCUUUCUUCAUUCUGUUUUGUUUGUGGAAAUGGUCGGGGUGUUGUGUUAUGGAUGUUGGCGCACUGCAGAUCUGUGAUCCACGAGUUUCCCAGCCAAAAUGAGUAUUUUUGUAUCUUUUUUUUUUUUGUGUGACUAUAUUUAUUUGGGACUUGUUCAGCUGUGACAUUUUGCUUUCAAGCUAAAUAAAAAUCACUAAAUAUUUUGUCUUAUCAAAAGAUGGAGCCCAAGAAUAUUCUUGUGACUCGAGCUGUUAGAGCGUCGCUAAUGUAAAGAAUUAACUGUAUGCAAGUAGUGAUUUGUAAAUAAAAUUAAAAAAAAA